AGCAAUAGCCAACAAGAAUCGUAACAUAUGAACGGGUGGCGAUUGAGUGGGCGACGUUACAUAUUAAGCAGAGACGGUUUAGUCAGUAAAUCACCUAUCAACCAACCAUCACCACCAUGGCCACAUUACAAUGCAAUUCUCUCCUUCUCAACAAAACCUCUAACCCCAUAAGAAGAAGACACUGUUUCAAUCCCUCUUUCUCAUCUGCACCUGGUUUCAUCUCAACUAUUGCCACUUCAACUUCCACCGGAUUAAACACCAAAAUUUCCAAAUUGAGUUGUACUGUUUCUGCUGACAACUCAGUUGUGUCGGAUAUCUCUGUAACUGAUGAUUCCUUCAAACUUACAUAUUUAGAAGGAAAUAGUUGGCUGUGGAAUGUGGCUGGGGCCAACAUAUUGGUUGAUCCAAUUUUGGUGGGUAACUUAGAUUUUGGAAUCCCUUGGCUAUAUGAUGCUUCUAAGAAAUUUGUAAAGAAUUUCCAGCUCAGUGAUCUUCCUGAAAUUGAUUGCUUACUCAUUACUCAAAGCCUUGAUGAUCAUUGCCAUUUGAAGACCCUAAACCCCUUUUCUCAGAAAUUUCCAAAUACUAGAGUUAUCGCAACACCUAAUGCCAAGAGCUUACUGGACCCUCUUUUUAAAAAUGUUACAUAUAUAGAACCUGGACAGAGCUCUGAAUUUGAAACAAAGUAUGGUUCUAAGGUCAGGAUUAAGGCUACAGCAGGACCGGUUCUUGGACCACCUUGGCAACGUCCUGAAAAUGGGUAUCUUGUUACUUCUCCACAAGUCCAAUUGUCUCUCUACUAUGAACCUCAUUGUGUGUAUAAUCAAAGCUUCAUUGAAAAGGAAAGGGCAGAUAUUGUGAUCACACCAGUCAUAAAACAGUUAUUGCCUAAGUUUACCUUGGUUUCAGGACAAGAAGAUGCAGUCAAACUUGCAAAGCUACUUCAAGCGAAGUUUGUUGUGGCAAUGAGAAAUGGAGAACUAGAUAGCAAAGGGGCUCUUGCAAGUAUAAUUCAAUCAGAGGGAACAAUAGAAUCUUUCAAGGAGCUCUUAUCAAAAGAAUUACCAGAUGCAAAGCUUGUAGAGCCUACCCCAGGAGUACCAGUUGAAAUUUCAGCAAAUUAAUCGGAGUUAAAGAAGGAAAAUCAAUCAGAGUGUGCUUAAACCAAACUAAUCUUUUUCGGUUCGCUCUUUCUAUAGUUAAAGAACGGAGCUGCUUAUAUACGCUGCACUAAACCAAAUUGUGUACAAACUGUCAAACUGAACAUAACUGUAUAUCAUACUGGUGAACUGAAUUGUUAGCAAUCUGAUCAUCAAACCUUAUGUGUAUAAAACAUUCAAAUAGUCUCAAUUGCAAGAAUUUGAAUAUACUGCUUGCAAGGCCUAAGUUGUCUCAAUUGCAUACUGUGAAAAACAGGCCAAACAAAAUACAGAAGCAGUACUUAUUUCAUAUGCUAGAAAGAGUGGUUUAUGAAAGUAAUAAAAAUGUACCAAAAAUAGAAAGUUCUAAAAUACUUUUAUCAUAGUAUUUUUUUUUUUUUUUGUUACUA